AUGUCAUUAAGAUCAAGACCACUACAACACAAACACUUCAACGUGUCUUUCCCAGAUGAUCGCAUUGUUCUGGUUACACUGAACAGACCGGACAAGCUCAAUUGUGUCGAUCAGGGCACAAGCAAAGAAAUUGCUAAGAUCUGGGAGUCGUUUGAUCAGGAUGAGACAUUAUUAGUUGGCAUCAUCACAGGAAAUGGAAGAGCGUUCUGCACUGGUGCCGAUCUAGGCGAAUGGAACGACAUGAACAAAAGCGGCAUUGUCAAUGACAUGUCAGCACCAGGCCUUGCCGGCCUACCACGUCGAGCAGGCAAGAAACCUAUUAUCGCCGCUGUCAAUGGUAUCACGAUGGGUGGAGGCUUCGAAAUGGUCGCAAAUUGUGAUCUCGUGGUUGCGGUCUCCUCAGCCGUUUUCUCGCUGCCAGAAGUGAAGAGAGGCAUUAUACCAGUCGCUGGUUGUUUGCCUCGCUUGACGCGUACACUAGGUCUUCAGCGCACCACCGAUCUCGUACUUACAGGCAGAAACGUGACAGCAAAGGCGUUGUACGAGUGGGGUCUGGUCACUGAACUGGUUGAUUCUGCUGAGGAGGUUGUGCAAGCUGCUGUCAAGACUGCGCAACUCAUGUGUAAAAACAGUCCUGACGCGUUGAUUGUUGGUCGCUUGGGCAUCAGGAUGAGCUGGGAAGCCGGCAGUGUCGAGGACGCCGUGAGCACACUUGCUAAGGAUUGGUACCCACGUCUUGUUCAAGGCGAGAACUUCGAAGAGGGCAUUAGGGCGUUCGCAGAAAAGCGCUCGCCACUUUGGGUGAGUUCGAAGCUGUAG